AUGUUUCGUCUGCAUUAUAGUACGCGGCCUUUUGGCCUGCAGCUGCGGAGUAUAGAGGAGCCGCCAGGUGGCGCGGGCGUGCCGACGCCCGCGCCCACCUGUUACGACGCGGAAUGUGCUCGUACAGAAGCCUGGCUGGAUGAAAACCAGGAGUUCGUCCAUGAUUACUUUUUAAGAAAAGCACCGCGUCAGGUCGUUGACGCUUGGUUAGUGUCUCACGCCACCCCGCCAAGUGCCGAACUGCCGUCCCCUUCGAGGGCCGGGUCUGGCGCCACUACGCCAGUCAGAAAGAUCUCAGCGCACGAGUUCGAGAGGGGCGGUCUUCUAAAGCCUCUUGUUACGACGGUAGAUGGCACCCCGACCUUCCUUGGGGACCAACCUCAUGCUACACCAUCUCGGCCGCAGAGGCGAUCGAGACACGAACUCAAGCAGCUUGAUGAGAAGGAGCUUAUAUUUGAACUAGUGAAGGAUAUCUGCAAUGAAUUAGAAGUUCGGGUGUUAUGCCACAAGAUCCUGCAGAACGUGUCGAUACUGCUCGAUGCCGACCGAGGGUCGUUGUUCCUGGUGCAAGGAGAGAAGGCUGCGUCACCGCAUCCGCAGAAUGGCAGAUGUUUGGUGUCGAAGCUAUUUGACGUCUGCUCCAAGUCUACCCCUGAACAGAUGGAACAGCUGGAGGAGAUUCGGAUACCCUGGGGAUCAGGUAUCGUUGGCUAUGUAGCGGAAAGCGGCGAACCGGUCAACAUACCUGAUGCUUAUAAGGACGAAAGGUUCAACCACGACAUUGACCAGCAAACGGGCUACAAGACGCGUUCACUUCUUUGCAUGCCAAUUAAGGACAUCAAUGGAGAGGUCAUUGGUGUCGCCCAGGUGAUAAACAAACAGAACGACGGACCGUUUACGUCAUACGACGAAAAGGUUUUCUCGUCCUACCUUCAGUUUUGCGGAAUCGGCUUACGGAACGCACAGCUCUAUGAAAGGUCGCAGCUGGAAGUCAAGAGGAACCAGGUGCUUCUAGACUUGGCGAGGAUGGUCUUCGAGGAGCAGAGCACGAUAGAACACAUGGUUCUGAGGAUAUUGACCCACACGCAGAGUCUGAUACGGUGUCAAAGGGUACAGGUGCUACUAGUCCAUGAAGCUUCAAAGGGCAGCUUCUCCCGGGUCUUUGACUUGGAAGCUGGCGAUGAUGAAGAACCGGGGACCCCCCGGACCUCACCUUACGAGAGCAGAUUUCCUAUCAACAUUGGUAUCACUGGUUAUGUGGCUACUACAGGAGAGACGGUGAACAUCCCGGACGCUUAUAUGGACCCUCGCUUCGACCCUUCCGUGGACGAGGGUGCAGGCUUCAAACACAACACCAUUUUGUGUAUGGCCAUCAAGAAUUCAGAGGGACAGAUUAUUGGAGUUAUACAGCUUGUAAACAAAUUUGACGACCUGCUCUUCACGAAGAACGACGAGAACUUCGUGGAAGCCUUCGCCAUAUUUUGCGGCAUGGGCAUCCACAAUACGCACAUGUACGAGAAAGCCAUCACUGCCAUGGCCAAGCAGAGUGUUACUCUAGAUGUCCUAAGUUACCACGCAUCUGCAUCGAUCGAUGACGCUCAAAGGUUACGAAGCCUCCGAAUACCAUCAUCAGCCCACUUCAGCCUGCACGAGCUGGCUUUCGACGACAUCGACAUGACAGACGACGACACCCUCCGCGCGUGUCUACGCAUGUUCCUAGAUCUCGACUUUGUCGAACGUUUCCACAUAGAUUACGGGGUGCUGUGUCGGUGGUUACUGAGUGUUAAGAAGAACUACCGUAACGUAACCUAUCACAAUUGGAGGCAUGCGUUCAACGUGGCCCAGAUGAUGUUUUCGAUAUUAACCGAAACUCAGUGGUGGAAGAUAUUUGGUGAGCUGGAGUGUUUAGCGCUGAUCAUCGGUUGUCUGUGUCAUGAUCUCGACCAUCGGGGAACGAACAACUCCUUCCAAAUCAAGGCAUCAUCCCCACUCGCACAAUUGUAUUCGACGUCCACGAUGGAGCAUCACCACUUCGACCAGUGCCUGAUGAUCCUCAACUCCCCCGGGAACCAAAUCUUGGCGAAUCUCUCCUCGGAGGAUUACGAGAAGGUGGUCAAAGUGCUGGAGGAUGCAAUACUGUCUACUGAUUUGGCUGUGUAUUUUAGUAAACGAAAAGGCUUCAUCGAGCUAGUGAGUAAAGAUAGAACGGUCACGCCCAUUUGGGGCGAGUGUGAAGAGAGGCGUGGUCUGCUAAGAGCAAUGCUGAUGACGGCGUGCGAUCUCGCAGCGAUCACGAAACCCUGGCCAGUGGAACGGCGAGUGGCCGCUCUGGUCGCCGGCGAGUUCUUCCGCCAGGGCGACUUGGAGAGACAGAACCUCAACUUAACGCCUAUAGAUAUAAUGAAUAGAGAUAAGGAGGACCAGCUGCCUGCCAUGCAGGUCAAGUUUAUUGACACAAUCUGCUUGCCUAUUUAUGAGGCGUUCGCAGUCCUCCAUUCUUCUCUCCAGCCAAUGCUGGAUCGGGUCAAGAGCAACCGAGCGCAUUGGAUCGACCUCGCCAACAACGACAAGAGCAACGGCGAGAAGUUCGACUACGGCCUCGAGAAGGAGACCGAGAAGAACGACAAAUCCAGCGCCAGCUCUCACGUGGACGACACAGAGAACACGUACGAGGGAGACAGCAGUGGUGCCGUCAGCCUCUCUUCGGAGACCAAUUCGAAGUUCGAUAACCUCGAGAAUCCGGUUGUGGGGCUGGUCAGCAACAACGCCCUGGUCCUGCCGCGGGAUCCGACCAAGUUCUGUCAUUUGAACGAAAUGAACUGA